AUGGCGGCCGAGCCGGAGAAGCAGGAGGAGACGGCCGUGCACAUCGUGUACGUCGACCGCCCCGAAGACGCCGACCCCGAGGAGUUCCACCUCCGCACCCUCACCCCCGUCCUCGGCAGCGAGCAGAAGGCCAGGGACGCGGUGCUCUACCACUACAAGACCGCCGCCAGCGGCUUCUCCGCGAAGCUCACCCCGCAGCAGGUCGAGGAUCUCAAGGAGCAACCAGGUGUUCUCCAGGUUGUGCCGAGCCAGACUUACCAGCUACAUGGUCCUGGGUCUGGCACUCGCCAGGGCACGAUACGCACCUUGGGCCUUAUAUCCUGUUAUGAACCAGAGAGAGUGGGGAGUGAGGUCGUCAACGGUGGCACUCGCCGAUCGGGUCCACACGGCAGUGACUAUAACUACAAACCUUCUAGAGAGGAGCACAGGAAGCGGCACGCCUCUCAGCUUCCGCCGCUGCCACCUUGGUCCCUGCGUCGGCGAGCUCCCCAGCUCCGGCGGCCACCUCCGAUGAGCAGCAGCAACUGCCAUGUGAAGGGUAAGGUUUUGAAGAUUAUGUUCAUGUUCGUGCUAGAGACUGACAUCGGGCGACAGAUGAAUGGUCUGCGCAAGCACUCUUCUGCCGAGACUAUAUGCAACAAAGACACCUUCAUUGUUCGAGCCUUACAGGUUUCAAUAUUCUCCCAGCCCACAGAGGCAUCUGCAUUUUUUGACAAUGAUUUUGCUCAAAUGUUUCUGGAAUUUGCGGGCACUGUAGUUGAUAGGAAUAUCUGCCACACAACAGAAUUUGAUUUCUUCUUGUGCAGCUAUGCUGGAAUCAAGGUAUUCAAGCUGCUCUCGCUGUGUGUCAAUCGUCUCGCACAGGCUUGCCGCUUGCGCGUCCAUUCAGGCUUCAGCGACGACGAAACGGUUCACGUGUCUGCCCAUCGCUUCCCCAACCGCAGCGCAGCGGCGAGAUCGACCUCCUCAAUCGGUGACGACCUUUCCGUGUCGAUCCCUCCCCAACCCCAACUGAUGGAGGCUGCGGCCUCCAGCGCCGGCGAGUCGGCGGGCGAGCUGCUUCUCCGCGCGGCGGCGCUGGUGCCGUGGACGCGCUACGCCCUCGCGGCGCUCGCCGUCGCCGCGGUGCUCCUGUACAGGUUCCUGGAGCUCCACUUCCUCGGCGACCUCCUCCGCGGCCUCCGCGGCGGCCGCGUCUCGCUUACCUUCCACCCCGAGUCUCAAGUGUACCACCGGGUCGCCUCCAAGUGCCGCUCACUGCACGGCAGGUACCUGGCGACGCCGUGGUUAGCGAGUCCUCAUUUGCAGACGUUGUUCCUGAGCAUAUCUGGCAGGCCACCUUCAUUCACCUAUCGGAGGCAGCUGUACACUGUUCGUGACGGUGGGACCAUUGCCUUAGAUUGGUUACUAGCCUCUGAUCUUGAAGCUGGAGAUGUUGGCACUUCUGAUGGAACCAUUUCUAAGGAUGAUUCAAUACCCCUUCUUGUUGUGAUACCUGGAUUAACUAGUGAUUCUAGUGCUGCUUAUGUGAAGCACUUGGUCUUUUCUAUGGCAAUCAAAGGAUGGAAUGUUGUUGUAAGCAACCACAGGGGUCUGGGUGGCAUCUCCAUAACAUCAGAUUGCUUUUACAAUGCUGGGUGGACAGAAGAUAUGCGUGAAGUCGUUAAUUUCCUUCAUCAAGAGUAUCCGAAGGCUCCACUAUUCACUGUUGGGACAAGCAUUGGUGCCAAUAUUGUGGUCAAGUAUCUUGGAGAAGAAGGUGAAAAUACACCUGUAGCUGGUGCUGCAUCUAUUUGUUCUCCCUGGGAUCUGCUGGUGACCAACAGAUUUAUUUCACGCAAGCUUGUGCAGCGAUGUUAUGAUAGAGCUCUUGCGAUUGGUCUCAAAGGAUAUGCAAAACUACAUCAACCAGUCUUGGCACGACUUGCUAACUGGGAAGCUAUUACAUCGUCACACUCUAUCCGGGAAUUUGACCGCCAUGCCACUUGUGUUGUUGCGAAAUAUGAGACAGUGGACACAUUCUACCGCAAGUGCAGCAGUGCAAAUUAUAUCAGCAAUGUGUCAGUUCCCCUGCUUUGUAUCAGUGCCUUAGAUGACCCCCUCUGCACAAGGGAGGCCAUUCCCUGGGAUGAAUGCAGGGCAAACAAAAACAUUGUAUUGGCAACUACACCUAAUGGCGGACAUCUUGCUUUCUUUGAAGGCCUAACUGCUAGAAAGCUUUGGUGGGUACGGCCUGUUUCCGAGUUCCUCUGUGCUCUGCAUGAUGGCCCCUACAUGCAUCGGCAGAAGGCACAAGAGCAUGAUUUGCACUCAUCGUUGGAAUCAUCAAUUGACAAGAGCCCAUAUGUGAAUUUCAUGGAAGAUGGAAUGGUAGCUGCAGUAACAAAUGAUGGUCCUAACAACGGUGAAUCCUUGCAUAACAAGAUUUUUGGUGAAAUUGAACUCAAUGAUAGCAUGGUUGUCCAACACGUACAACAGAAUCAAAACACCGGAGCAAUACAAAAUGAGAGUGACAGUUGGGUGGAUGAUAAAAACAGCUCAGAAGGGAAUGUGAUGACUGUUCGAGCCCAUGGAGGAUCUCAAGAACAGCGAGAAGAGCCAUAUGCGAACGAAAUCUGUGAAGCCAUUGGUCCUGUUAAGAAAUCCAUAAACCAACUCAGUCGAUCCCAGGGGAGGUCAGUCUGGUUGCUUGCUUACAUUGCUCUUGUAACCUCUUGGCCGUUGCUUGGGGCCCUAGGUUUUUUCUUCUUCAGGAAAAGGUUUAUUAAUUCUCUGUUACCUAGGAAGCUGAAGAAAUUGUGA